GAAAGCAAAUAUUUGACUAUAUCCUGCAAUACAAAAAAUUAAAUGAAUUUGAGGAUGCAUUUAAUGGACUACAAAUUGAAGAUGAUGAGGAAGACGAUGAACCAAAAGAAAGUGAGCUCUUACAAAAAAAGUUAAAGACAAAAUUAUAUGGUGAAAGUUUGUUUAAUUCUUAUAAUUUUGAUAAUGUUGACGAAGUUAAUAGAUAUUUGGUAUUACAAGAAAUUCUAAAAAUCAAAAUGCUUACAAUUGCUGCAAAUGAGAGGCUUUUUAGUGAUGCAGACAAUAUUAUGACAAAUAAAAAAACUAGUUUAAAACCAGAAGUGUUUGAAAAUUUAAUUUUUCUAAAAAAGAAUGUUCCUGUAGUAGGUGGAUGUUCAAUUACAAUUAAGAGUCUGUAA